GCCGAGAGGAGCAGGCGCACGCGCCGCGCUGCCGCUGCUGCCGCCCGCAGGCUCAGCAACAACAUCGCCGGCUGCAGGCUGACGGCGCAGCAGGUCGAGGAUCGUCGGGCGCGGCAUGGCGGAUGCGUGCGAGCGGCGGCGAUGCAGCGAUGCAGAGGAGUGCGCGCGCGAGAGGCGAGUGCGGCGGUGAUGCAGCGAUGCAGAGAGGACGCAGCGCUGCGGAGGAGUGCGGGUGCAACGCAGCGACGCACGCCAGCGAUGCAGAGGAGUGCGGCGAUGCAGCGACGCAGGGACGACGCAGCGAUGCGGAAGACGGAGUUGCGAGGGCAGAAGCGUGCUCGCUGGCCGCACCCCUUGCCAGCUGGGCGGCGGUGCGGCAUGCGAGAGCCCGCCCCCGCGGCGUCGUGCAGCAGCCCUCGCCGCUUGGCCGCGUCGCGCAGCGCCUCACGCCUCUCGCUGCACUGCGCAUUCUCCUCCCCUGCUGCAGCCCUGCGGCUGAUGCCGGUGCUGUCGGCGUCAACACGUGCCGCCGGCGCCCACCGCUGCCUCUGCCGCUGCGCAACCCUCUGCUCUCGCCCCGCCGAGCGCGCUCAAUGCUCACCGUAGGCGCCUGCGCGCUGCUUCCCGGACCGCUGCUGCCGCCUCUCCUUCCGUCUUCGGCCCAGCCUGCCUGCCGCUGCUGCCCCUCCUUCAGCCCAGCCUGCGCUGCCGCCCCUCCUCCAGCCCAGCCUGCGCUGCUGCCUCUCCUUCAGCCCAGCGUGCAGCCUGCCCAUCUCGCGCGCCAGCGACGCCCGCCGCCCGCCGUGCGCCUGCUGCUGCUGCUGCUGCUGCUGCUGCUGCUGCUGCCCUGCUGCGGCACCCGCAUGGGCUGAAUGCCGCCGCUCGCCGUGCACCUGCUGCUGCUGCGGCGGCGGCGCCUGCCACCCGCUGUCCGCCUCGCCGCUGUUGCUUAUGCUGCUGCUGCUGCUGCUGCUGCUGACGCUGCG